UCGAUCGAAGUGUACUCUGUUGGAUGCUCGAAGUACUAAUGGCAUUAACAAAAAGGGCGACAUCUCCCGAUCUUCCAUUGGUGUCUGACAAAUUUUGAUAGUUUGUGCUGCGAUUUUCGAGAUAAUUCCGGGAGUACCGUUGUGUUUACGGUCACGAAAAGGGGCCGCAAAAAAUAGAUGGCAUGUGCAAGGUGCCGCGACGAAAACGACAGGUGUAAUAAUAAUAAUAAUUCACUUUUCGGAGAGCUCGUGUAUCGCACUCAAACAUGAUAAAUCCGAAUUCCGAUUCGGAAUCGAUUGCGAGUACCGCUAUGGAACGAGUAGGCGCGCGACAAAAGUCGAAGCACGGGACAAGCGGGAGAUUCGCGACCUUUAUUUGGCGACGCGAAAAUAAUCCACGACAAGAAUGCAAGAGGAACGACUCGGCGAACGAUACCAAGGAUAUGGAGCAUAGGUUAAAGGGUCCUUCGAGUAGCAAGGUGUCGUUCGAUUUUUUUAAGAAUAUCAGGAAACACUUGCAAAUAAAAAAUCUGUGCAAAUCCAAACAAAAGAGUAAAGAGACAGAUGUAAGUCCUUCCUCAAAUCAGAGCAACAUUAUACCCGUCAUUGAACCUUUUAAUUCUUGCCAAGAGCGAGAAGCUUCAAAUAAUGACCAAGAGAUCUCAUCGAUUAGACAACCCUUGUAUGAAAAUAGAUUGGGCGAUGUACUUGAAAAUUCUUGCCAUACUGGAGAAAAUAUAGAUAAUAGUAAUACACAAUAUUAUAAUAGUGCAACUGGCAUGAAUUUUCUUAUAGUUCCUACCAGGCAACAAGACGAAUUGACACAUGACACUGUUUAUGCAAUGCCUAGUUGUUCUGAUGCUAUAACGGCAGUUCCUAGUGCAAUAGGGAAAGUUCCUUGCAAUAUGAAUGAAACAUUAAGUAAUGAACAUAAAGUUAAAGCAAGCCUUGCGGAAGAAUUGCUCAAUUUAAGCAAAUAUGGAUGGUAUUGGGGUCCUAUAUCAGGAGAUGAAGCUGAUACGAAGCUCAUAUCUGAACCAGAUGGUGCAUUCUUGGUUCGAGAUUCAUCUGACGAUAGAUACGUCCUAACACUUAGUUUUAAAUCAUCUGGGAAGAUGCUGCAUGCGCGUAUGGAACACAGCGGCGGUCUAUUUUCUUUGUGUAAUCAAUGUACAGAGAGUGAAGGUUUUACUUCGGUAGCUGCUUUGAUAAAUCACUCCAUGAAUUUUAGUCAAUCUGCUGUCAUUUGUUACUCAAGGCCGAAAUAUCCGGGAUAUCCAUCAUUUCCGGUUAGAUUAACAAAGCCAGUAAGCAGGUUUACACAAGUAAGGAGUUUGCAGUAUCUUUGUCGUUUUGUUAUUCGCCAGAAUACUAGAAGAGAUAAUAUACACAAAUUGCCUUUGCCACAAACUAUCAAAGGAUAUAUUCAAGAAGCACAUUAUUGAUAUAAUGGACAAAAAAAUAAAUAUCAA